AUGGGAGAAUAAAUUUCUAAAGGCUCUUGCAAUUGUGCUGAUACACCUUAAUAUUUAAAUACUAGCAAUUAUGAUAAUAUCAUUAAUCACUAAUAAACAAUUUCUCACUUCGAUAUUAUAAAUACAAAUAGAAAUGAUUAACUAACAGAAAAAAAGCAUCCAUAAUCAAUUUUAACAGAUCUUUAAUAGACCAAGAAAAUAUCAUCCUUUUAACAUUAGGAACAACAAAGGAAAACACCAAUCUUAAUUUUAAGAGUGAUAGCUUCUGCAACUUUAGAAGAAAAUUAAAUUUUUGAGUUUCAACCCAAUAAUUAAUCUAAUGUAAUUUAUUUUGGUUGUAAACAUAAAAACAAAAAAGGGGGAUACAAAAUUAAUGAUUAUAAAAUCCCAUCUAUUGAUAAUAAAUUGAAUAAGAAGAAUAGAGGAUAGCAUUUUUAUAUUAAAUAUGAUUAUUAAAACUAAAAUUUUAGAAUUAAAGACUUAGGGAUUGGAUUUGGUUGCUUUUACAAGGUAAAUGAAAUUAAAUUAUAAAACAAUACUCUAAUUACAAUGGGAUAAAUGUAUUUUACAACAUAAAUAUGUUAUGGAUAAGAUUUAUUAAGAUUGCCUUCUUUUAAUAAUUUGUAUGACGUAAAGGAAUUCAUUGUCAGUGGUUAUCCUUGUGAUAGAUAAUACUUUUUGUCAUUAGAGAGAGAUUAAUGGUACCUUAGAAUUCAACUCUAUGGAGGUACAGCAAAAGAUGAUGUAUAUAUUUUAAGCUCAAAAAAUUAUUUACCUGUGACCAUAGGAAGAAAUAUUGAUUGCUUGAUUAGAUAUUAUGAUGAUGUUCUUUUAUCAAAAUAUUAAUGCACAGUCCUGUUUGAUGGUUAAUGGAAAAUAAUUGAUGGAAUUGAAGGUAAAUCGUCAACAAAUGGUACCUGGCUAUAUUUAAAAGAUGAAUAAAUACUAACAGAAAACAUGUUGUUAAAAACAAAUAACACCAUCUUGGAAGUGAACUUUAAGUGA